AUGUCCGAGAAAUCCCAGCAAGAUGAUACUGAAAAGCAAGAGACAAGAGGGGAGGUUUAUCCUGUGACAGACAUGGAAAAGGGCAUCAUAGCAUGGGAAAGCCAGGAUGAUCCAUUGAAUCCAAGAAACUAUCCUUUUCUCAGAAAGUGGUUUCUCCUCUCGCUGGUCAGUAUCAUCACAUUGAUCAGUCCAUUAGCUUCAUCCAUCUUUGCUCCAGCAGUAGCAAACGCAGCAGAAGAAUUUCGCACAAAGGGAACGGUUCUCAAAUCUCUGGGUGUGACAGCCUACCUAUUCGGCUAUGGCUUUGGUCCAUUAUUCCUAUCACCACUCAGUGAAAUCUACGGACGUCGAAUAAUCCUCAGCUUGGCAACAUCAGCCUUUGUCCUCUUCCAGAUAGGGUGCGCUCUUGCACCCAACUUCUCCUCGAUUAUCGUCUUCCGACUGCUCACUGGGCUGGGAGGCUCUGGAUGUCUUACAAUUGGCGGCGGAGUCGUGUCUGACCUGUUCGAGCCGGAGCAGCGUGGACUCGCCAUGGCCAUCUACUCGUCUGGGCCGCUUUUUGGACCCGUCUUGGGGCCUAUUUGCGGUGGAUUUAUUGCUGAAGGUGCCGGAUGGAGAUGGGUCUUUUGGGUCCUGGUCAUCGUCGGCGGCACAUUUACGCUGUUUGUCAUGAUCUUCAACCGCGAAACAAACCCCGUCAUCAUCAUUCAGCGCAAGACGAACCGCUUGCGAAAAGAACUCAACCGUCCUGAUCUUCGCAGCUACUACGACGAUACUCGCAAGGAGGAGAGCACAACAGCACACUUCAUCCACCGACUGACGACGCCCUUCCAACUGCUCUUCGGAUCACCCAUUGUCGCCAUUGUGGCACUAUACAUCGCAGUCGUAUACGGCUGUCUAUAUCUCCUCUUCACGACUGUGACGGAGGUCUUUCAGAGCGAUUAUCACUGGAGUGAACAGAUCAGCGGGCUGGCAUACAUCGGCUUGGGAUUGGGCUUCGUUGCCGGCCAAGUGGUAUUUGGUUUUUUCAGCGACAGAGUGCUUGUCAAGCUCAAGGCCCGCAACAAUAACGUGUUCGAGCCGGAAAUGCGUCUUCCCCUCACGGUUCCCUUUUCACUCUUCGUCCCGAUCUCGUUCUUCUGGUACGGCUGGUCCGUCCAGGCGCACACGCACUGGAUUGUACCCAUCAUCGGCUUGUUCCCGUUUGCAUUUGGCUUGAUUGGCAUUUUCGGGACGCUGCAAACGUACAUUAUCGACUGUUUCCCACUUUAUGCGGCUUCGGGGAUUGCAGCCAUCACGGUGACUCGAUCGCUUUGUGGUGCGCUUCUGCCUCUUGCUGGCCCGCCCAUGUACGAUGCCCUGGGAUAUGGCUGGGGUAAUUCGUUGCUAGGCUUCGUCACCUUGGCCCUGGUCUUGAUGCCAAUCUUAUUUAAUCGCGUGGGGGCAAAGCUGAGAAAGAGGUCGCCUUUCCAAGAGGAUGCCUCGAAAUGA